AUGCCCGAUGCUAAUCCAUAUCAUUUCCAUGAGUCUGCUGAAGAUAUCCGACUUGAAGGUUGGACGCUCUGGGCUAAGCUUAAGCGCAAGGAUGGCUCCUGGAAUGUGGCCCAGCUGAGACUGAACUAUGUCCUAGGAAAUGAUGAUGGCGAAUUCACCUGGGACGGGGGGAAAGCGGGUGAUUCGGCCGAAGGAGAUCCCAGCCUGGUGUACUGGCAAGGAUACCCGAUUGUACGAGCUUCUCUCCAGGGCGAAGACGGCAAAUUCCAGCAAGCCGACUACAAUCUUUCGGAUACAGUGGGAAACGAUGACGGAGAUUUCUAUUUCAAAUUCAAAGGCAACGAUAUGAGGACAACCAGCGAUCCUGAUAAAUUCUCGUGUGGGAUUGGGUAUCUCUGGGUUGAUGACGGGGAAAUUGACAUCGACCCAUUCUUCUAG